UGUACACGUAAUGCCCCUAUGUGCUUUCUCCUCGUGCUCUUGCUCCUCAUGCUGUACCGCACUGCAUGCGCCCAGCAGGGACUGCUUCGCCCCGCACUGGCCGGUGCUGACCCGCUGGGUUAACCCGCACCGCCCGCCGCUGCUGGUGGUGGGCAGCGAGGACUGGAACACACCCAACGCGCAGGGUGGGGGUGAGGCCGGCUCAAGUGCGGCGGGGUCAACCAGGAGAGGGUGCUGGCCGCCGCGUCCGGCGCCCCGCCUGUCGACAUUCCCCCUGCUGCUGCUGCUGCUGACACCUACGCCAAUCCUGGCAGCAACAACAACAGCACCGCCAGUGUUGCCGGCUCUAAGGGCAGCGACGGCGGCGGCAGCGGCGGCGGCGGUGGUAGAGGCAGCAGCAGUGGUGGCGGUGGUGGUGGCGGCGCGGUGUUUGUUGUCCCCUCCGGCAGCACGCACGGGAACUUCGACGACGUGAUGUUGCUGUUCGGCAAGUCGCUGUCGGUGCUGCUGCGGCUGUUCAACAUCCGUUCUAGCCUGGAGCCGCGGAGGGCCCACCGAAUCAACACCUGGUGUAUCACGCACUUCCUGGGACUGCACCUGCCACCACCGCCCUCGCCACCACCGCCCUCGCCACCACUGCCCUCGUCACCACCCGCCGCCGCCUCAUCGGCCCCGCCUUCACCCACACUUGCAGCCACCAACGCAGACGGCGGUGUCAACCCUGCUGCCAGCAAACACAGUGGCCGGGCGCGGCAAGCGUCUUGCACUGCUGCUGCUGCUGCAGCGAGGGCACUUGCUGCCGCUGCUGUUGCUGGAGGGGAGGCUCCUGCAUUGGAGGGAGGUGCGGGGUGCGAGGGAGGUCACGGAUGCAAUUGGGGAGCCGUCCAAGCAGCAAGAACUGCAUCAACAGCAGCAGCAGCAGCGCCUGGGUGUGUUGCAGCUUGCAGCGGCCGCAGUGGCGGCGGCGGCGGUAGCAACAGCAGUGGCGAGGACUGCGGUAACGGCAAGGGCGGCAGCAGUCCGGUCCGAGCCAGGUGUCCCAAGCCGGUCCAAGCCGAGGACGAGGAGCCCUAUCGGCGGGGGCUGGGGCAGUGGGCGAGCAUGCUGAGGGUGUACCCGGCAGCAGGGGUGGAGAAGAUUGAGGUGGAGUGACGCGGGGGUGAUGUGUUGUUGGGUUUUGAGGGUGGGGCGAGGGAGAGACGCGCAGCGAGAGGGUCCGGGGCGGGGCAGCUGAGACGAGUGGAGGAGGAGCUGGGCUGGGUGAAUGCAGUGCUGCAUCAGCAGGCUAACGUAGGGCUGGUUUUUCACUGUUUGUUGUGUACAUGAAACUCAUGUUCCCGUUUUUUCAGUUGGUGGGGAUGCUUUAGCGGGUGGUGUAAGCUACGAAAAGCCGUAAGUGCAGAUAUGUCAGGAUCACGAGUGUGCUGGCGUACACUGGUGUGUUGUGGUUAGGGGGGCUCCACCCCAAGCAGGUUUUCGUUGAGCAUCCACCGUUCUUGAAGGGGCCUACUGCAGGAUGCAUGACUUGCAUGACGUGCAUUGCGUGCGUGUUCUGGUCUGACUAUCUGACCUGAGUGAAGGGUAGUCUCAUGACGUGGAACGGUCUCAUCCGCUUGCCAGCCGCUAUCACACAGCGUAUACUCCUGCACACAUCUGCGGUCAUUCGAUGUUAUUGUGUGUUAAAAAAACUGGUCGCGAGUAGGAACGUAGUUUAUGUGAGUAUGUGCCGUCUGCCAUGUGACGCAGUGUGGGGCCGAACCUGGUAGCCUACACAUGGUAGACCUGGCGUGACGUGUACAAUUGCAAUCGGCCAUUGCUAUGAAGGAGUAAUGGAGUAUGUGCCUCCACACCACCAGCUGCUCAUACGCACGAUGUCGGUAGGGGCAUUGCCAUAGUACCAGCCUCUCCCUCCCCUCGCCAAUCUUUUAAUCCGGGCGUUCGGACACAUGCGUCACAGCGCAAGGGUCCAUCGCGCGCCG